AUCAUUAGACUCAGUACAGAUGGAUAACCAAUUGACAAGAGAAGAAGGCACAUUGAUUGCCAUGGCAACAUCUAGAUCCUUUUCGCACGGCUGAGGCAUAGAGAAAGCAACACAAAUUCACCACAUCAGGGUGUUCCUUCGAUCUCUGAAAUUCCUUGUAGAAGGCUAGAUCUAGAGGCUCAAUCUCCGCUUUGAACACCAUGGAAGUCGCAAACCCUAAGAAACGCAAGCGGGACAGCUCCAUCGCACUCGACGACGACAACGACCUUUCUCUUUUGGAACCCAUUAAGAAAUCUCAGAGCACCGUCGAUGUGCUAGACAUCUGCACCCUCAAAAAACUAGUCCUCUCCUUCAAGCAUCAAUUCAGAAAGAACAUCAAGGCUUGCGUCAAGUACCAAAACCAGUUGGAGCACUUUGCAGACUCCGAGGUAGACCUCCAUGACGACCUCCGAAAGCUCAAGAUCCUCGCUGAAGCCCUCGAGCUAUACCAUGACCUUGUCAAUCUAAACACCAUCCCUUCUAUACUCAAUCUUUUGUUGCUUGGGUUCGCAAUGAACCCCAUGCCUAGAAUCGCGACAAACCCAACGAACCCAGGCACAUGGGUUCGCCUUUCCAAAUUUGAUUUUCAUAAGGCAAAG